ACCAUAACAUCAACAAAAACUCCCCUUACUUCCUCAAACAAAAUCCCAAACCCAAAUUCUCGCUCUUUCCUUUACUCCGUUUCAUUUGGUUAUCACUUCUCAUCAACAUUCCUACAUAAUGCCUCGUUCUUGUGCCUUCUUGCUCAUUCUCUUGGUUUUCUUUGUUUCUUUUGCGACACCGAUGGAAGGAAGAAAGGUUUUGAUUUCUAAGAAGGAAAUGAGCGAAAUGCAAGUCCCUCCUUUGUAUUGGAGUUUGGUGCUCAGUGCCCUUCCUAAGGGCACAGUACCAUACCCUGCCCCUAGCAAGAACGGUCAUGCCACGCUUGACAACGAGAAGCUCUUCGUCCGGCACCUUGCUAGCAUUGAUCGAAUUCUUUGGUCAGUUCCAAGCCCUGGUGCUGGCCAUUGAUAUGCAUUAGGCUGUUUCUAGCUCAAGUCCUGUAAUCUUUAGUACAAUUUUCAUUUCCUCGCUCUUUUCAUGACAUGUGCAGCUACUCGAAACCUUUGUAGGGGAGAAGUGUGGGAGGAAAACAAGGGCUUGAACUCUACUUAUAUAAAUGAGAAAGUACUUU